UGACAUGUAUGUUGUCAAAAUCGAAAUCAACGUGAUAAAUAAAAUAUUUGAAACGUUUUUUGUUUUGUUUAAAUAAAUCUCUUUUUUAAUAUAUAAAUUAAAAAUGAUUAAUAAACUUUUAUUAAACAAUCAGAUUAUAACCAACAAAAAGAAAAUCCAACAAGCCCGAAUACAAACCAUAAAUAAAUUAGUUCAAAAAAUUCGAAGAUUAAAAACAUUAAAUGAAAAAAAGCCACAAAAUGCCAAGAUUACGAAAAACCUAGAGAAAAUUCCCAAAAUACUAGUUUCUUUGAAAAAACUAAAAGUAGCCGAUAUCAUUCGAAAAAUACUCACGUGUACCAAAAAGCCAUCAGCAAUUUUAACAAAUGGCCAAGCAACACCUGACGAUGUUGCCAUUGCGCUUUUAGCUUGUAAUAAAAUAUUAGUUGCUAUUGUUGAAACUUUAAGAAUACUUUUAAAUUUAAAUGACACAAAUUCGGGCUGGCAAAAUGAGAUUAUGGAACUCAGUAAGCGAAAAAAGAAAAUCCUCGAAACUGGCCAACGAAAAAAGAAUAAAAAUAUAAAAUCAGAUAAAAAGCAACCAAAGGUUUUGGUUAAGAAACUUCCCUGGAAGGAGGAAAAUUUAGAUAAUACCGAAACAGAACAGAUUGAUAAUAAUGUAAAUGUUGUCGUCCCGGCAAAGGGAUGGAAAAUAGAACCAAUUGGUGACGCUUCUGCAGAAGCUUCAUUACCAAAAAAAAUUGUUAAAAAUAAACCAGAAAAAGUUGACAAAAAGCCCAAAUUCGUUGUUCCUUCAAACGAACAUGAUAGCGACAAAGAAUCUAUACAUGAAAAGCCUAUAACAACAGUAGAUCCAUUCUUUUUCACUGAAAGUGGAGAUAAUUACGUAUCAACUGUUGUAAUUGAUCGCGUUCAACCGGAACCAAUCCAAGACGGGUUGAUUCGUCGUGAAAGACGAGACAACACGAUAAGACCUAAUAAGAGAAAUAACAUUUUCCGGCGACAAUCAUUUCCUAAUGCAGAUGGAUUUGAGGAUAGAAGACAAUCUGUACAAAGUGGACGAAUUGAUAAAAGACAAGUUAAACUAUCCCAAAAUCCUACAACAACUGAUGAAAAACUGCAUCCAUCUUGGGCUGCCAAGCAAAAACUGAAACCCGCUAUAACCGAGUUCAAAGGACACAAAAUCACAUUUGAUAAUGAGGGAAAUGAUACGGCGGUUAAAUCGUUUAAUAAGCCUAGUAAAGCAACAAACCAUCAAAAUAAGGCAACUGUUUCAAGUGAUGAAAAUAUACAUCCAUCUUGGGCAGCGAAACAGAAACUAAAACCAGCAAUUACUGAAUUUAAAGGAACUAAAAUUACAUUUGAUGAUUAAUUUUAGCAAUUAUUUUAUAAGAACAAAAAAAA